GCACCAUGCUGUGUUAAAUACUACAGCUGCAGAUUGUGUCAUAAUGACAAAGAAGAUCAUGAGUUAGACAGAAAGACUGUGCAGGAAAUUAAAUGCCUUCAAUGUGGUAGUAGUCAAACAGUAAGUUGUAGUCUCUGAAAUAAUGUAACUGCAGGGUUUGCAAAUUUUAUUGAUUGGUGAGGUCCGUGUGACUUGUGCUUCACAAAUCUUGGAGUCAUUAUGGAAUAUUUGGAGUCACGUAACACAACGGAGAGAAGAACCGUUUAAAAACGGUUCUUUACUCAGUCUUUUUUAUGAGGAUGCCAUUCCAGCACAUGGUUCUGGCACGUAUACAGAGUACGCUAUUAUGAUGGCAACAUGAAGUAGCAGCCUCAUGUGAAAGUCCGUUGACGUGGAAAAGCUAGAAUCCAUCAUGAUGAUCGUCGUUUGAGUAGUCUUUAUUGUGAUUUAGCCUGUAGGUGUACAUGUUGUAGUUCAGUUUUAUCCUUGGUUUAAUUUUUAUUUUCCUUUGUUCUAAACUCAUUAUCAUACAUUACCAUACCCCAAAACAAAAGAAAAUGAAAAUGAAACCAAGGAUAAAAUUGAACCAUAACAUACAUACAUGAAUAAUCCUUGAAUUGGUCCGUUUAAAUCAGGGUUGUAACGUUUGCAGUUAAUGUAGAUGUAUUUGUUUUGAAAAAGGUAGGGGAAAAAACUAUUUUGCAACCAAAACUUUCUGGAGUCAAAGUGACUCCCUUUGUAACCUCAGUGGAGUCAUCUUGAAAAUUUUGGAAUAAAGUAUGCCAAAUUUGGCAUAUUUGUGAACCCUGUGACUGAAUAUAUGACUGCCUGAUCUUGUAAAAAAUGCUGAUGAUCUCAUUUUAGUGUGCUUUAUUAGGGACAGAUCAUACAGAAAUAUCAAGCAAGACUGUAGUAUUUCCCGGUAAAGGGCAGGCAUGCAAUUACGCUAAUCAAAAAUAGCACUACAUUUGAAAUUCAAAAUUGGUGAAAAUUUUGUUGUUUGAAAAUGUAAAUGUUUCAGCUCAAAAUUAAAUUCAGGUGAAAAUUGUUUAACCUAGGUUGAUUCUCCAUUUCCCUUGUCUCCUAGCCAUGAUUAUUCAGGAAUUAGGGCUAGGAGACAAAGAAGUGAGAAUUAAACUAGUUUAAAAAAUUUUACCUGAAUUUAUAAAUUUUGACCUGUUACAUAAACAUGCCUUACACUAGUCAGUUUUGUUUUCAAUCCAAAGAUUACGAUAGGUAAAGGUUUAGCCAUAGAGAGAACAGGAACAAUAAUAACUGAUAUUAUAUUGAUGACCUCAUUGUUUUGUCUUGAAAUGUAACUAACUGGAUAAUGCUGUUGUUGACUUGUAUUUUGUAUUUCUCGUACAUUUACUAAUUUAAGUACUUAACUUCUUUUAUGAAUGCAGGUAGCAUCUCAUUGCAAAGAUUGUGGUAUAAAGUUUGGCAGAUAUUUCUGUAUGAUCUGUCGAUUGUAUGAUGAUCAAGAAAAGGGACAGUUUCAUUGCAAUGGUUGUGGAAUUUGCAGGUGUUGUGAUUAUGUGCACUGUUAUUCAGCAGUAUUUGUUGAAUCCACUUUUAUCAUAAGCUACACAUUCAGUGAUAAAAAGGUUACAAUAUUAUUUAGGUAAGCAUUACUGAUUCAGUGUGCAUACACGCAAUUUAGUUUUAACACAAAUCCUAGCCUGUUGUUGAAAACCUAAAAGAAAAACCAGUAUUAUGCCCUGCAUAUAUAUAAAAAAGGAAAACAAAAAAACAGAAAAAGUUGUAAAUACAUUGAAUAGUCCCAUAGCUACAGUGCAGAGUUAACUGAUACAAUAUAGCUGUAUGGCAGUUCACUUGGAAGAUUAGUUACAUUUAUGACCUUAACAGCUAUACACUGUACAUACUAUAUUUUGCCUAAACAUUUCCUACAAUUUUUAGUGUUUGGAUCUCCUUGGUUGUUGUUAUUGAAAGUGAGUCAGCAACAAAUCUGCCAGAUUUGUUGUUUCCUGGCACUGUCUUUUAACAAUUUAACCCAAGAUCAGCAUUUUAAUUGAAACACGAGUUUUUCACAAUUAAUUUUAACCACUGUUUGACACUACAGGUACAUGUAGAUUAACUGUGUUUAACUUGUGUUUAUGGGAUUAACUUUCUUUCAAUCAGCUGGGUGCUAAGGCUACAAUACAUGUGUUAUUACACUGAAUAGCACACUCUCUUACAAUAUUGUUAUUGUUAAUGGACUAAACUGAAUAUGAAUCAGCAAGGAGCAGCUAAUGGGGAGAACCCUGUGAAGUGUGAAGUAUAUGGAUAAAUGGAACUUUCACUUGUAGAACUCUGAUCAUUUAUUUUAUUUCAUUUUAUGUGUUAAAAUUAUUGUGUUGUAGCUGCUGGCUGCUUAGUAAGCCUUCAAUUAUUUAUUAGCUGCAAAAGGUUGCAUUUUAAAAUGCAAUGUAAAUUAAUAAUGACUUGAUCUAAUUAUUCUUCAAUCAAGAAGGUAAUUUUUCCUUACUCCUGCACUGAGACUAAGUUUUAGUUACAAUGUAGGUUAUACUUUACUUUUUGCAUUCAACAUUUUUGUCUUCACUGACGUGUGGCCAAACUACUUUAUUCUACUAUAUUUUUUAUUUUACAUCAGAGUUGGUGGAGAGGAGAACUUCUUUCACUGCAGUAGAUGUGACAUGUGCUUAGGAAUUCAGCUGAAAAACUCACACAAG